GCCUGCAGGACCAUGGGUAGUGUCAGUAGCCUCAUCAACGGCAACAGCCUCAACAGCAAACACUGCAAGGCGUCUGAGCAUAGGUUAAAAAAGGGAACAAACCAUCAUAGAAAGAGUGGAGGCUGCAGCCUUGACGGGUUACUGAAGUGUGGCUUCACUCAGGGCUCCUCAUCCACCACUUAUCCCUCUAAAGGCCUCACCCACUCCCGGUCAGGACGAAGUGAAGAUUUUUUUUACAUCAAGGUGAGCCAUAAACCGAGGUCAGUGUAUCACAGAGGAGGAUCAAUGGAGGACCGAGGGAACAGAGAUGGGGAAUCAGAUGGGCGACUGCAACCGAAGCUGCUGCUCAUGUCAGGGAAAAUGACGGAGAGGACCUCUGCUGAGAAGUCAUUGGUCCGUUCCACUGCCUUCAAGCCUGUGAUUCCCAGGAGUACGUCCUCCACAGAGACAGGCCAGAGCAGCCUGGACCACAUCCUCUGUCCUCUGGUGAAAGCAAGGACUCCAGACAUUAGACACAAGCAAGACACUUUCUCAGGGACUCUCUCAGACUCCGGACGUAACUCUAUGUCUAGCCUCCCCACCCACAGCACCAGCGGCAGCCUAAGUGCUUCCACAGGCCCUGUCAGUCACAGCGACGGCAGCUCAGCUCCCGCAAACAGCCUCAGCAAGGGAGUACAACCCAGUUUGCCUUCAUGGGUCAGUGGGAAUAGCGCUAACCUUGACUGUAGCUACAGGGCUGUUUUAAACAGCAGUGGGAUGGCUUCUAAGGCUAAUGGGGAUGCUGGCUCCCCACUUUCUGCAGAUGAGCCAAGCCCUCUCUCUGAAACUGCAGGUGGGAUUCGCUCCCCUAUUACUACAGAUGAGUCACUGAUUGAACGUUUGGAACAAAGGCUGCUGGAGAGAGAGACUGAACUGCAGGAGCUACAGGUGAGUUUUGAGGAGAAGGAAUCAGACACCUGCCAGCUGUUUGAGGAGAGACAAAAAUACUGCGCUGAGGAGAUGGAAGGGCUGAAGCAGCGAUGCUCCACGAAGCUACGACAAGUGUCCCAAAUGGCUGCAAAAGCCCAUCAAGCACUCCAGCUGCAGGCGGAGAAGGAGAGGCUUCAGGAGGACGUCUCAAAGUUAAGCCGGGAGAAGGAUCUUGUCCAACUCAGACUGAGGUCUUAUGAGACUGAGAGCACACAGUUGGCUCCAACACUCGAGGAAACUCAAUGGGAGGUGUGCCAGAAGACAGGCGAGAUCUCACUGUUGAAGCAGCAACUGAGAGACAGCCAAGCGGAUGUCAGCCACAAGCUAAACGAGAUAGUCAGCCUGAGGGUGUCACUGAAGGAGAACACAGCAAAGAUGGAGAUGCUCCAGAAACAGAAUAAAGACCAUGAAGACAAACUCCACUCUCGCACUAUAGAAGUUGAGGUUUGCCAAAAUGAACUCCAGCGCAAGAAGAAUGAGGCUGAUUUGCUGAGAGAAAAAGUGGGCAAACUGGAGAAAGACAUUCAGGGAAUGAAACAGGAUCUGGCCACGGCCAAAGAGCAGAGGCUGCAACAUAGUUUGCAACUUGAGGGCAAUGCCCAGACUCAGGCCUCAGAGAAACUAAUCCAAGGCUCAGGCUCCCCUGCUCAGGGCCAGGGGGAGGAGAACAGGGAAAACAUCUCCGCAGAUCAACUCCGGAGAGACGUUGAGAGACUGAAGCGGCAGCUCAGGGAGGAGAAGGACGCUCAAGAGAAGCUGGCCAACAGCUUUGAGCAGGAGAGGCAGACGUGGAACAAGGAGAAAGACAGGGUCAUCAAGUACCAGAAGCAACUCCAGAUCAACUACCUGCAGAUGCACAAGAAGAACCAGGACCUGGAGAGGAUCUUGAAGGAGCUGACCACUGAACUGGAGAGCCGGACAGAGCUAGGCAUGGACCUUACCUACAGCUCAGGGUUACAAACAUAUGACGAUGUUAUUGCCACAGAGAUUUGAUGGGAGCACUCACUCACGUGCUAAAACUGAUACUGUCACUAGACUGUUUUUUGACCACGGAUAUUUAUGUGACUCAAUGCCACAUGCAACAUCACAACAACUGGAGCUCAUUCACUGUAGUGUUUUUGGAGGUUUAUUUAAUAGAACAUGCAUCUGGUGGUGUUUUGA